AUGGAUAGAGCAGAACAAAGCAUCAGAGACAAGAGAUGGAGUCUUCAAGGCAUGAACGCUCUUGUCACUGGAGGAACCAAAGGAAUCGGGCAUGCUAUAACAGAGGAGCUUGCAAGUCUUGGAGCAAGGAUACAUACAUGUGGUAGAGACGAAUCUCAGCUUAAUCAGUGUUUACAAGAAUGGAAGAUGAAAGGCUUUAACGUCACAGGCUCAGUCUGUGAUAUAUCUUCUCGUGCUGAUAGAGAGAAGCUCAUGCAAACUGUUUCUUCUAUCUUUGAUGGAACUCUCAACAUCCUCAUAAACAAUGUAGGCACAUGUGUGACAAAGCCAACAACAGAAUACACAGCAGAAGAUUUCUCGUAUCAAAUCUCAACAAACUUGGAAUCUUCAUACCAUUUGUGCCAGCUUGCUCAUCCUCUGCUCAAAUCCUCUGGAACUGGUAGCAUUGUCUUCAUUUCCUCUGUUGCUGGAGUUGUUUCUUGUAGUGUUGGAUCUAUCUAUGGUGCAACCAAAGGUGCUAUAAGCCAGUUGGCGAGGAACUUAGCUUGUGAAUGGGCUAGUGAUAACAUAAGGGCUAACUCCAUUGCUCCUGGAGUCAUUGCAACUCCUGCAGCUAAAACUUUUAUACUUGGAGAGGAGUUUGCUAAGAAUAUAGCACCAAACAUACCAAUGUGCCGCGCUGGAGAGCCUGAAGAAGUGGCAGCAAUGACUGCUUUUCUGUGUCUUCCUGCUGCUUCUUACAUUACAGGUCAAACCAUAUGUGUUGAUGGAGCUCUCUCUGUUCAUGCCUUCUGA